AUGGCCAGCGCACUCAAGAACAUCAUUGUCGUCGGCGGCUCGUACGUCGGGAAAUCAACCGCCCAGGAGCUCGCAAAGGUCGUCCCCAACACCCACCGCGUCCUCCUGAUCGAGCCGCAUAGUCACUUCCACCACCUUUUUGCAUUUCCCCGCUUCGCCAUCCUCCCCGGCCACGAACACAAGGCUUUCAUCCCCUACACACACCUCUUCAACACCGCGACAAACCACAGCGUAAUCCAAGCGCGCGUUCUCUCCGUGCAACCAAACUAUGUCAACAUCGACCGCGACUGGCAAGGCUCGCCCAAGAUUCCAUUCGAGUACCUCGUCGUCGCGACGGGGACGCGCCUGUCCGAGCCCGCAGGCAUGAAAGACAACGACAAAAUCUCCUCGGUCGCAUACCUGCAAAAGCACCAAGCAGACAUCAAGAACUCAAAGAGCAUCCUGAUUGCCGGCGGUGGCGCCGUAGGCGUGCAAAUGGCAACGGAUCUGAAGGAGCUCUAUCCGGAAAAGGAGAUCACAGUCGUGCAGUCGCGGCCGAAGCUCAUGCCGCAGUACCACGUCGGUCUGCACGAGCUCAUCAUGAAGCGGUUCGACGAGCUGGGGAUCAAAUUCGUUACGGGCUCGCGCGUCAAGGUACCGCAGUCCGGCUUUCCAAGCACAACGCCCUUUGAAGUCCAGCUUACGGAUGGCACGACCCUGCCGUCGAAGUACGACUUUGUGAUUCUGGCGACGGGCCAGACGCCGAAUACCGACUUGCUCUCGGACCUCCCUUCAUCUUCUCCGGAAGGCCUGCUCAGCCAGUCCAAUGGCUUUAUCCGCAUCCGGCCUACUAUGCAGUUCGCGGAUGAGAAGUAUCCGCAUCUUUAUGCUGUAGGUGACAUCGCGGACACGGGGCUGCGCAAGGCUGCAAGGCCUGGUGCGACGCAGGCGGCGACGGUCGUGAAGAAUAUCAUGGCGAUGAUUGAGGGGAAGAAGCCGGUGGAGGAGUACCCAAGGUCCCCGGCUGGGAUUCACCUAACGCUCGGACUGAAAUACAACGUUGUCUUCCGGAAUCCAGACGAGGCCGCCGGGCAGACGGAGCCGACGGUUAUUAAGCGGGAUGAUGGACAGGCGGACAUGGGCGUUGAGGGGUGGUGGGAGAGAUUGGGGGUUCCGGUUACUGAGCGGCAGCAGUAUCAUCUUUAA